GGAAGGGCUGCUGAAGCAGGCGCCGCCUCACCUCCAAAGCCGCAGCCCAGCCGGCCCACAAGCCCGUCGCAAUGAGGAUGCCGGUGGCCUACAUGGUGGGCAUGCUCUGCCUUUUCGUCCAGGCCAUCCAGGGUACGCUGCCCCCUCUGAGCCAAAAGGCGGCCUCCAUUUUCUCCGACUUGAGCCCUGCGGAGCUUCGGGCCGUCCGGACGUUCCUGAUGAGUCGCCCUGAACUGGGACUCCAACCGAGCAAGGGGGGGUCCCUCGCCAAGAACAGCCUCUUCCUGAUCGAAAUGCUCCCUCCGAAGAAAAGCCAGGCCUUGUGCUACCUCAAUACUGGCACGGAGCCCCCACGCCGGCGUGCCCGAGCAGUGGUCUUCUUUGGCACCGGUGCCAAGCCCAACAUCACGGAGUACAUCGUGGGGCCGCUGCCCGUGCCGAGGUUCUAUCGCCCGUCUGGCCAGCCGGUGGCUUUCAUCACCAGACCCAUGACCCAACUGGAGUACAAGCUGGUCUUCAACAAGCUGACCGAACUCCUGGCCCCCCUGAACCAGUUCCUGAAGGACGUCUCUGGCUUUGGCCUCCGGGACUGCCAGGACCGAUGCCUGACCUUCACCGACAUCGCCCCACGUGGCCUGGCCUCCGGGGAACGGCGGACAUGGAUUAUUCUGCAGCGUGCCAUCGAGGGCUUCUUCCUUCACCCCGUCGGACUGGAGGUUCUGAUCAACCACGGGGAGUUGGACCCCGCCCGCUGGUCCAUCGAGACGGUGUGGUACAACGGGCAGUACUUUGGCACACCACAGGAACUGGCCCAGCAGUACGCGCAGGGCAAAGUGCCCAUCGUUCAGCUGGUUUCCCAUCCAGACCAAACCCUCUUCUCCAGCUUUGUGCCCCGCGGGGAGUUCAACACCGGGCCCCCUACCAACGUGCAUGGUGCCAAAGUGUGUGAACCACAAGGACACCGCUACUCCGUGCAUGGCAACCUCGUGGAGUACAGCGGGUGGAGCCUGGCCUUCCGGUUACGCACCUCCACAGGCCUGCAGCUUUUUGACGUACGAUUCAAUGGGGAGCGCAUCGCCUACGAGGUGAGCGUGCAGGAGGCCAUUGCUUUCUAUGGCGGGAACUCCCCGGCCACCAUGCAAACCAAGUACAUCGAUGUCGGAUGGGGCAUGGGAAGCGUCACUCACGAACUGGCUCCGGGCAUCGAUUGUCCAGAGACGGCCACCUUCAUGGACGUCUACCACCACUACGACGCCGAUGCACCGGUCCGCUACCCCAAUGCCAUCUGCAUCUUCGAGCUGCCGACGGGCGUGCCCCUGCGCCGUCACUUCGACAGCAACUUCCAAGGAGGUUCUACCUUCUACGCAGGCUUGGAGGGUCAUGCCCUGGUGAUCCGGACCACUUCCACCGUCUACAACUACGACUACAUUUGGGACUUCCUGCUCUUUCCUAAUGGCGUGCUGGAGACCAAGGUCCACGCCACGGGCUAUGUCCACACGUCCUUCUACACGCCCGAGGGGAUCCCCUAUGGCACCCGUCUCCAUACUCACUUGUUGGGCAACAUCCACACCCACCUGGUACACUACAAGAUUGACCUAGAUGUUUCCCGGCAGGCACCAGUAUGCCCGUACAGGGGUGUACUGCCUGAAAUCCACCACUGGAGGGAGGGCAUCGGGAUCUUCAGACACAGGUGUUUCAUCUGGACAGGUGGGGCAGGGUCACCCCGGCCACACCUGGAACUUGAGGCAGGACAUCCUCUUGGCAGGUACCACUUAGCGGUGACUCAACAGCACGAGAACGAAGGCGUCAGCAGCAGCUUGUACAUCCAGAACGACCCAUGGCACCCCAGCAUGAGCUUUGAAAACUUCCUUCGGAACGACGAGAGCAUCGACAAGCAGGACCUGGUGGCCUGGGUGACGGUGGGCUUCCUCCACAUCCCCCACUCGGAGGACAUCCCCAACACGGCCACCCCCGGCAAUGUAGUGGGCUUCCUACUGCGCCCCUUCAACUUCUUCGACGAAGACCCCUCGGUGGCAUCCCGUCGCACAGUCAUCGUGCGUCCCAAAGAGUCUGGGCACGGGGUGCAGAUUCAGCGCUGGACUCCAGAGAGCCCGGGACACUGCGUGACGAAGGUGCCCUUCAGCUACAACGGCACCUACAGCCCCAUCUAGCUCAGCUGGGACCUUCUGAUCAUGGAACGCCACUGUCGCCGGUUCGAAACACACCCUCUGAAGGACCUCAUCUAGUGAUGCCCCUGGCCAGGCAGAGGGUCUGUGGGCAGAAAGACUGAGGAGGAACUGCCUCCCCCCCCUUGGUGUUCUCCCCACUCCAGAUCCUUUCCAGGACUAGCUGUCCCUCGACUGCCAGCAGCUGGUGCUGAUUCUGCCUCACUUGCUCCCCCUCCUGGCCCAUUACUGACUUUACAACAAGGGGCAAGGGGCCACAAGGGGGGAGUCUCGGAACUUAAGGAUUGCAGGUAUUACACCUCUGUAGUCCCGCUUCCCCAGAGGGUGGCUGUCGGAGCAGGGCUUCCCCUUUGGGCCACGGGAAUCCUCUGCCCCACCCACCAGGGCUGUCGUGAAAAUAAAUUGAGAUAAACCUUUCGAAGCACAGUCUACACAAAUGGUGCCACACACAACACUCUCUCUCAAAGGGCAGCUCGGGAUGUAGAAGGCCAAGAAUAUUGAGCCCCUAGAACAGUGACGUUUUCAGGCCAUUUUGGGGCCAAAAUGGCCUGACAAACAGACCGAAAACAGCUUCUGUUUCGGCAUUUUCAGGGCUUUUUCAGGUCAUUUUUUUGCUGUUUUUGGCCAUUUUCAGGCUGUUUUCCAUCACUCCGGCGCCUGCGAAGACAUACUUGCCAGAAACGAGAGGAGCAGCUGGCAAUGGCGUGUGUGUCCACAGAGAAGGUUCUGCGUGCCACCUCUGGCAUGCAUGCCAUAGGUUCACCAU